ACACACAACUCUCACUCCCUCACUCCCUCACCAUCUCUCUCUCUCCUCUUCCUAACCUAACAAGCCAUGGCUAAGAUCGUUCUUCUGCUACUAUAUAUGGCAGCGACGGUGGCCGUGGUGGUGGCGGAACUUCAACGCUUUGAACAUCCGGUGAAAUCCGACGGAUCUCUUAGCUUUUUGGUUGUUGGUGACUGGGGGAGGAGAGGGCUCUACAACCAGUCCAACGUCGCUUAUCAGAUGGGGGACGUGGGGGAGAAAAUGGACGUGGACUUCAUUGUAUCCACGGGUGACAAUUUUUACGAUAGUGGAUUAAUUGACGAAGAUGAUCCGGCGUUUUUUGAGUCCUUCACUGUUGUAUAUACCGCCCCAAGCUUACAAAAGCAAUGGUACUCUGUAUUGGGUAACCAUGACUACAGGGGUAAUGUCUUGGCACAAUUUAGCCCAGCCCUCAAACAAAGAGAUAGCAAAUGGUUUUGCCUUAGAUCUUUUAUCCUCCAUGCUGGACACGUGGAUUUUUUCUUUGUGGAUACAACACCUUUCCAAGAUAAAUAUUUUUCAGAAAUAGAUCAGGAAUAUGACUGGAGAGGUGUUCUUCCUCGAGAGAACUAUCUUUCGGAUCUUUUAAAGGACGUGGAUGCAGCACUAAAAGGAUCAAGUGCCAAAUGGAAAAUAGUGGUAGGGCAUCAUACCAUAUUUAGUGCUGGUCACCAUGGCAAUACAGAAGAGCUCGUGGACAAACUUUUGCCCAUUCUUGAGGCAAACAAGGUGAAUCUGUACAUAAACGGACAUGACCAUUGCUUGGAGCAUAUCACUAGUCCAAACAGUCAGCUGCAGUUUCUAACAAGUGGAGGCGGCUCAAAGGCAUGGCGUGGCGCUGUUAAGCCAUUUAACCUUGAUGCAAUGAAGUUCUAUUAUGAUGGCCAAGGUUUCAUGGCGGCUGAAAUAACUGAAAAUGAAGCUUAUGUGGCUUUUUAUGAUAUAUUUGGCAACAUGCUACACAAAUGGAGUAGCUACGAACUCACACAUACUGCUUCCUAAUGAGAUUUAUGUAUUUAUAACUGUGAGUAUUUGCAUCAGUUUGUAUAAUUAAAUGAGGUCUAUAAAUAGUAGUAAUUUAUGGGCUAAAAUGUAUUGGAUUUUAUUGUAAAUCAGUAUGAAUUUGUGUAUCAUGUUUCAGUUUGUGAAAAAAUGUUUCUUCAUCACUC